AUGCAAGGUGGACCGGGAUUUCCAAAUUUUCCAAUAGGAUUAUACAAAUACUUCCAGAAGCAGGAACCUAAUGAUUUAAUUGAUUACAUUGGUAAAGUAGAUGUUGUUGAUGUUGAUUGCUUAGAUGCAUUGAGCAAGGUAAUUUUCUGCUUUCAAGCAGUCCCAAAUUAGAUUAAUAUUCUCGAACUGCACAAUGAAUCCAAGUGUUAACAUAUAAACAUUAGGUUUAAAGGUCAAAAUGCUUGCCUUGAGAAUCUCCCAUUCUCCUUCAUUGUAGUUGGACGGCAUGACUAAAGACAACAAGAAUUCAGUAAUCUGGUUUUCCACACUCUCUUAGCUUGGAGAAUCGGUUUCAGGCCAUAUCUCUAGUUCUUCAUGCAGUGAUUCUUUCCAGAAAAGCUGAGGUAGAUCAGUUUAUGGAAGGUCUGGGUCCACUUUUGUGGAAAAUUAAAAAUCACCCAGAAAAGUUUGAACCACUUUUUGUCGCUGGGGCUUGUGAACCACCUUUAUCUGAAGACCUUUUCUCAAUUGUUGACUAUGAUGAUGUUGACGAAAGAAUGAAAGAGUAUUUCACUCGUUAUGUUCGUGAAGCAGGUAACCCGUGCAAUUUAGAUUUUAAAAAUUAUUUCAGUAGUGUUGGUGUGUGA